AUGUCUAUGAUGGAAAGCUUAUUUAACAUCCUCUUUUCACUCUGUUGUGGCUUUGGCACGGGCACACUGUCAGGCCUUUUAGGCAUCGGCGGAGGAAUGAUCAUGGUUCCGCUUUUUUGUCUGGUGUUCAACAUGAGUCCGCUUUCCGCAACGGCGACAUCACUUUUUGUUAUCAUUCUUACCUCGGUCUUUGGAACAAUCACCCAUCUUUACCAUAAAACAUGUCUACUGCGCAUUGGCCUUAUUACUGGGCUAUCUGGCGCUCCUGUUGCGUUUUUUUCAGCACGCAUUGCGCGCUACACCCCUAACUGGCUCAUUGUGCUUGUUACCGCUCUCAUCAUUAUGUAUAGCGCAAUCCAUAUGCUGAAAGGUACUGACAUAUUCGGAAAAUAUACUGAAAAUAAUAAACAUUCUCACAUAAAACAAACGAGCUCCUGGCAACAUAUGAGUAGCUUACGCACUGCGGUUUUGAGCAGUAUUAUCGGAUUAAUUGCCGGUUUUUUUUCUGGAUUUUCCGGGGUCGGCGGCGGCUUUAUUAUGGUUCCUUUCUUCGUCAACUUCCUACAAAUGGAUAUGAAGAUGACCUCGGGAACGUCCCUUCUGGCGAUUUUGUUCAUUGCCGUAACGGGCAGCAUCCAGCGAGCACUAUUUGGCCAUAUCGCUUUUCUCCCUGGUCUUAAUAUGGGAAUUGCCGCUAUUCCCGGAGCAAUACUAGGAUCUCACUUGGUUAGAAAAGUGCCAGAACGCACGCUAAAAAUUGUUUUUUCGUGCCUUCUUAUCAUCUGUGCCAUCAUGCUCAUAGGUAAACAAGUUAUUCAUUAA